AUGUCACCUCCAGACUCUGCAUAUGCAGGUGGAAGCUUGUAUUGCGGGACAGGUAAUGGGGGGAAUUGUGGAGCAUUUGGAUUUGUAAGUACAUCCUUUGACAGCACAGCUGGACACUGGUAUGACAGCAGUGAUCCUUUUGGGACCUCUCCAAAUUUAGAAGACACCAUGGUUAGAGCAGACAUUCCAUCAACUAUCUUCGCUAUCAGUGGUUGUGGACAACGGGAAAUGAGGGAUGCUGCUCCAGCAAUGACAUCAUUGUCAGGUUAUUACCUUUAUAUGGACAGUUCUGUGGGGGCCUGGGGAGAUACUGCCAUGAUCCUGAGUGAGAUAUUCACCCCUGACAGCAGAGGGCACUGCUUCACAUUCUGGUAUCAUAUGUAUGGAUACAAUGUUGGAACGCUCAAUUUAUACAAAAAUAACAGGACCGCCCAUAACAGCGGGAAUAAGUUUGGCCAAUUAGUAUGGGAGGAGUCAGGAGAUCAGGGCGAUGUGUGGAGGAGAGGCAACGUCUAUGUAGCAUACCGAGAGCCUUUCUGGUUUAUAUUUGAAUUCCUGAAGGGAGCAGGUCCCAAAGGAAGUAUAGCUAUUGAUGAUAUUCACAUCAUUCCCGGGCCUUGUGAUUCAUAUCCCACCUUUCCACCUCCACACCACCGUGACA